GGCCAAUCCUGGCCGUGGGCAGGCGGGCUCGCAGCUGCGUGAAGAGCUCUCUCGGGCUUUUGCAGUGCAGGUGCCGCGGAGCCAGCCGGGAGGACGCUGGGAUAGGAGCGGACCCUAAUGGACUCGGUGGUCUUUGCGGAUGUGGCGGUGGACUUUACCCUGGAGGAGUGGGCUCUGCUGGACUCCGCUCAGAAGAACCUCUACAGAGACGUGAUGCUGGAAAACUUCCAGAACCUGGCCUCAGUGGAUAAUGAGACACUGUUUACAGCCAGAGGGCCCAUUAUUCAGCAGGAUAUGCAUGAGGAAAAAAUAUCUAACAAACAGGAAAUAGCAAAAUUCACAAGAAGUAAUUCUUGUAUCUACAUUUUAGCAAACUAUGGGGAAGACCAGAGCAUUGACGAUGAGCAACAAAACUACAGGAGACCUCUAAGGAAUCAUGUGGUGGACAGCUUCUGUGAACAUAAUGAUGGAAAUCAACACGGUGAAACCUUCAUUCACAUUCCCAAUCUUAAUCUGCACAAAACCAUUUCUAUGGGAAUAAAACCAUAUGAAUGCACCAAGUGUGGAAAAGGCUUCACGCAUCUUUCUUCCCUUAAGAAGCAUGUUAGAGCUCACCGUGAACAUAAAUCAUUUCAGUGUCAGGAAUGCAAACAGGGCUACAUUUGUGCCUCACACCUGGGAACUCACACUGGGGAGAGACCCUAUGGGUGUAAAUUAUGUGGGAGAAACUUUCCUUAUUUCUACUGCCUCAGUCAACACAUCAGGAUGCACACUACAGAGAAAAAUUACGAAUGCCAGCAGUGUGGGAAAUCCUUCAAUGAGCUCUCCAGUCUUACUAGACAUGUGAGAACUCACACAGGAAAGAAGCUAUAUAAAUGUCAGGAGUGUGGGAAAGCCUUCAUUUACCCCUCAGAACUUCAAAGGCAUAUGAUAACGCACACUGGGGUGAAGCCCUAUGAAUGUAAAGCAUGUGGGAAAACUUUUCGUCAUUCCUAUUCCCUGACGCGACAUGUCAAGAUUCACACAGCAGAGAAAACCUAUGAAUGUAAGAAAUGUGGGAAAGCCUUCAGCUGGCCCGAGACCUUUCAAGCCCAUGUGAGGACACAUACUGGAGAGAAACUCUAUACCUGUGAAAGCUGUGGGAAGGCUUUCAGUUCUCCCAAGUCCUUCCAAGGUCACAUGAGAACUCACACUGGGGAGAAACCUUACAAGUGUAAACAGUGUGGAAGAGCCUUUACUUGGUCCUCAAACUUUCAAGAACAUGUGAGAAUUCAUACUGAAGAGAAACUGUAUAAAUGUGAAAAGUGUGGGAAAGCUUUCAAUUCCUCCAGAUCCUUUCAAGGUCACAUGAGAACCCACACAGGAGAGAAGCCCUACGAGUGUACACAGUGUGGGAAAGCCUUCAGCUGGUCCUCGUCCUUACAAAAGCAUGGGAGAAUGCACACCGGGGAGAAACCGCACAAAUGUAAACAGUGUGGAAAAGCCUUCAAGUGGCCCUCAUCCUUUAGGAACCACGUGAAAAUGCACACUGGAUAGCAGCUCCGUGAAGGCGUGUGACCCUUGAAAGUUUUGGUUUGGACGUUCUUUCUAGACAGGAAUCUUACAACUUUAAAUAAUCUUGGAAAACAUUCCACUGAUUAUAUAAUGCUCCAGGAAAUUCAUACCAGGAAAGAAAUAUUUUAGAAGUUAUAAAUAUGGUAUUAUUUUGUCAAAAUCUCAUUUUUAAAUGAAUCAUUAAGUGAUAAAUUUCCAGUUCUUUUAGAAAUAAAUGUUUAUGUAAGAAAUAAUUCUCUUAAGUCUUCUUUCAGGUAUAGUGUAUAAGAUUGAAUAGUUUUUUUUUCCAGUUAAUACCUGUUUUCUGUUUUCAUUUUUUCAUUUUGAAGUUUAUUGGACCCAUGAUAAUUUGAAGUAUGCUUUAAAUAUGACAAUAAGUUUAACUUUUAUGUAAUAUUAUAGUGGAAGUGCCUUACAUUAAACUUUUCUAGUUGUAAGUGCUUGACAAUAAGUUUCUGAUUGACAGGGCAUCCAUCUCAGACACAUCCAUCCCA